GCUCAGUUUGGUGCCGGUUCUCAAUCCAAGCGGACAUCGGAACGUUGCACAAUGUUUCUUACCGUUACGCUCGUCGUGAGUGCAGUCACGUUAAUUUACGUGUACCUUUCCUGGUACAAUAACUACUGGAGGAAGCGUGGAGUACCUGGCCCUGCGCCAAGGCUGCUGCUGGGUAACUUUCCUAGCUUCAUUCUGCGCCAUCGAUCAUUCGUCGAAGAAAUUGAGGAGAUUUACAAUAAAUUCCGAACGCGUGGAAAUUUUAUCGGUGUGUUCAAUGGACGUCAGCCAACGAUUAUGGUGUUGAACCCAUCGAUGGUGAAAGAUGUGCUGAUAAAAGACUUUAAGAACUUCCAAGAUAACGAAUUCGCCGACUCGAUCAACAAGGAGAGUGAUCCCAUCUUUGGGCGUAAUCCCUUCAUGCUGAAGGGCGAGGAGUGGAAACAGAAACGUGCAGAAGUCACACCAGCCUUCACUACAUCGCGGAUGAAGUCUCUCUUCCCGCUGAUCGAGGAUGUUGCACUUCGCGCCGAUAAGUUUAUUAAUGAUAAUAAGAAUCAACCGAUUGAAACACGUGAACUGUGUGCCAAGUAUACGACCGACGUGGUCUCGAGCUGUAUCUUUGCGGCAGAUGCACAAUCGUUCACCAGUGAUAAAGCCGAAAUUCGUGAAAUGGGCCGAAAGCUGAUGGAACCGAACUUUCAAGUCGUGUUGAUGUUUUUAGUGCUGGGUUUCGUACCGGCACUGAAGAAACUGAUGCCAAUUUCGUUCGUCCCAAAACACGUCGAGCGAUUCUUCACGCAGCUGAUGGAAGAUGCUGUGGCUUAUCGCGAGAAGAACAAUGUACAGCGCGCCGAUUACCUCGACUAUCUAAUAGGCUUAAGGUCGAAAAAGCACCUCGACACUCUGGACAUGGCCGCCCACGGUGUGUCUUUUUUCGUGGACGGUUUUGAGACAUCGAGCCUGGGAAUGAGUUUUGCACUUUACGAGCUGGCCCGUAACCCGGACGUACAGACGAAACUGCGCGUCGAACUGUUGGCCGCUCGCAAUGAAAAGGGUUCGGUGGAUUAUGAAACACUCCUCGAGUUGCCGUAUCUCGAUCAAGUGCUGAACGAAUCACUGCGCCUUUGGCCUCCAGCCGCCUUCCUGUCGAAGGUGUGCACGAAUCCGACGGAACUGGAGCUAUACAAUGGAAAGAAGGUGUCGGUGGAGCGUGGCAUGCCCGUAAUGAUACCCGUUUGGUCGUUGCAUCGGGAUCCGGAUAGCUUCGAAGAACCAGAACGCUACAAUCCCGACCGCUUCUCGCCCGAAACCGGUGGCAUUAAGCCGUUCCGCGAGAAAGGAUGCUUCAUACCAUUCGGUGAUGGGCCACGCCAGUGUUUGGGCAUGCGGUUCGCACAGAUGCAGGUGAAACGUGGUCUGUUCGAAAUCAUCACCAAGUUCGAGGUGUCGGUCAAUCGGAAAACCGAAAAUCCGAUCAAGCUAGACCCGAAAGCGUUUAUCGUGUGUCCACUGAAUGGACUUUGUGGGCUGUUGGCCGUCGUGUAUCUGUUCUUAACGUGGGAGUUCGGUUAUUGGGAAAAAUAUGGUGUGCGUGGUCCGAAACCGAAGCUGCUCUUUGGUAACUUGCCGUUUUUGCUCAGCAAAAAGCGUCACAUGUUGUACAACUACGAUCAAAUCUACAACGACUACAAAGAUGAACCCGUUGUCGGAUACUACAGCGUGCGCACGCCUCAGCUGAUGGUCAGAGAUCCCGAUCUCAUCAAGGAAGUUCUCAGCAAGGGUUUCCAAAAAUUUGCCGAUAAUGAUUUUUCGGACACGGUGGACGAGAAAUCCGAUCCACUGCUGGCACGGAAUCCGUUCAGCUUGAGCGGAGAGAAAUGGAAAACCCGCCGAGCGGAGAUCACUCCAGCCUUUACCAACAAUCGAAUUAAAGCAUUAGUACACCUGAUGGAUGAGGUUUGCGAAAGGAUGAACAAGUACGUGAAGACGCAAGCGGCUGGUAACGGAGGAGUGGCUUCUUUGGACGCGAAAGAGCUCAUGACUAAAUACACCACCGACGUUGUGGCCAGCUGCAUCUUCGCUAUCGACGCGCAAUCGUUUGUGAAGGAAAACCCCGAGAUCCGUGCGAUGGGCAAACGCAUCAUGAACUUCAACCUGGUCGCCCAGCUGGUCCUGCUGUUGACCACAUUCGUCCCGUCCGUGAAGCGGUUCUACAAGUUUACUUUCAUUCCGAGGGAUGCGGAGGAAUUUUUCAUACGCAUCAUGCGCGACGCGAUCCGCUAUCGAAAGGAGAACAAUAUCAAUCGCACCGACUAUCUGGACCAUCUGUUGCAGCUGCAGGAUCGUAAGCAGAUUACCGACAUCGACAUCGCUGGCCACGGUGUAUCAUUCUUUGCCGAUGGUUUCGAAACCUCAAGCAUGUUGUUAACCUACUGUCUGUACGAUCUGGCCACGAACCGCGACGUGCAGGAAGCAUUGCGAGCGGAGAUUCGCACGGUGAGACAGAGCAAGGAGGGAGGCCUGUCGUUCGAGAAUCUCAUGGAGAUGGUUCUGCUCGAGGAGGUCAUUUGUGAAUCGUUGCGCAUGCACCCCAUCAUUUCGGUUUUGUCGAAGCGGUGCACUGCCGACACAACGCUGGUUGGGCCAAAGGAUCGCAAAAUUGUAGUUAAAAAAGGUACCACCGUAACGUUGCCAUACUAUUCGAUCAGCUUUGAUCCCAAGUACUACGAGGAUCCCUAUCGCUAUAAUCCGGAACGCUUUUCGCCCGCUAACGGUGGCAGCAAAGCGUACCGUGAACGUGGCGUUUACUUUCCUUUCGGUGAUGGACCACGGAUGUGUCUCGGGAUGCGAUUCGCUCAGGCACAGGUGAAGCGAGCAAUCGUAGAGAUUAUCGAGAAUUUCCAGAUCACGGUGAGCCGAAAGACAAAGGAACCGUUCGAGAUGGACUCGGAACUGUUUAUGUUGUUCCCGAAAGGUAGCAUCUGGCUGGAUUUCAAACCAAUCGCUUGAAGAGGGUCUCUGCCUUAGUUGUAACUCGAGCAACUUUUUUUUAACAAUGAACGCUAUAAGGCACAUUUGCUCCACUAGCUUCUAUAAAUUCCAAUUGUAUACGCAUCUGCAGCAUCAAAUAAAAAUCUUGCAAAACAAUUAUAGUCUCAAUUAUGACAGUUUUUGUAA